CUUGUGCUCUGCAGGCUGAGGGUCAGUGUGCAGUAGAGGGACAGACGGGAUAUUCUUCUGUUCGACAUGCCCUGGAAUACUGAAGAUCGGACUCCAGUGUCUCACAUGUUGCAUUGCAGUUUUCACUGACACAGAAAAUCAGAUCAGCUCUACCCAGUGCCUCUGCUCCUCACUAAUGCUGAGACAUGAUUGGAGCAGAGAGAUACAUCCUCAUUGGCUGUCUGCUGCAAGGAGCCUUGGGCAGCGAUUGGGCAGUCUGGAUGCCUCAGCGUAUUGAAGCUCUGAUUGGAUCCUGUGUCCUGAUUCCCUGCAGAUUUGAGAUCCCGUCUGAAUAUGACUCAGAUCUAUUACAGGAUCCAUCUUCAGUUAAUGGAAAAUGGAAAAAAGAUGAAACUGAAGUGUUUGAUUCCAGCAGCCAAUCUGCAUCCUCUCUGCAUGGAAAGAUCACUGGAGACCUCUUGCAUAAAAACUGCACUACAGUCCUGGAGAACCUUCCAAUGAAUUAUCAUGGUCAUUAUAAAUUCAGAUUAGAAUGCAACAAUAGACUCAAAUGGAAUUUUGAACAAAGUGUUCAAAUUAAUAUCACAGACUCUCCACCCAAACCCAAGUUAACCCCAGAGAAGGUGGAGGUGAUGGAGGGGACAUCUGUGAGCUUGAGCUGCUCUGCUGCGGCCCCCUGUCCCAAACUCCCCCCAAAUCUGACAUGGACCCCCAGGCUGAGUGACAGUUUGGAUCAACUGCAAGAGAAUGAGGAUCGAACCAAAUCUGUGUCUUCUGUUCUGACCUUCACUGCUUCCCACCUCCACCAUAGGCAGAAGAUCAUCUGCAGGACACUUUACACACUGCAAAAACGAGACACUCAGAAGACGUCUAAGGCCAGUAUGAUUCUCAGAGUUCGAUAUGCUCCUAAGAACACCUCAGUGUCAGUCAGUCCCUCUGGAUCAGUGUUAGCGGGCAGUUCUGUGACUCUGACCUGCAGCAGUAAUGCCAACCCAGCAGUGCAGAACUACAUCUGGUAUAAAGUGAAUGGGACAAAGAUGAACACUGUAGGAACUGGACAGAAUCUCACCUUCAAUGUGACUGAGUCCAGUGGCACUGAACAGUACUACUAUGAAGCACAGAAUAAACAUGGAAAAGAUAAAUCAAAAACUGUACAACUGGAACUUGAUUAUCCUCCUAAGAACACCUCAGUGUCAGUCAGCCCCUCUGGUUCAGUGUUAGAGGGCAGCUCUGUGACUCUGACCUGCAGCAGUAAUGCCAACCCAGCAGUGCAGAACUACACCUGGUAUAAAGUGAAUGGGACAGAGAUGAACACUGUAGGAACUGGACAAAAUCUCACCUUCAAUGUGACUGAGUCCAGUGGCAGUGAACAGUACUACUGUGAAGUACAGAAUGACCAUGGCAAGGACAACUCAACAACUGUACAGCUGAAUGUGAUAUACAUGCCUCAGAUCUCUGGCUCUGGGAGCUGCAGCAGAACUGCAGCAGAGAUCAGCUGCUCCUGUGAGAGCCGUGGGAAUCCCUCUCCCAGUGUGGAGUGGCGUCUGUCUGGACUGCGGGUCACUAACUCCACUGACAGAGUCAUCAGGGAGGAGCAGCUGGGGAACACAGGCCUGAGGAGUUCCCUCACCAUGGACCAAUCACAGGGAGACACGCCCACUCUCCUCUGCGUCAGCACCAACACUCUCGGCUCCUCCAGCCUCCAGCUCCACCUCCCGUCUCCACAGCAACACUCAGGUUUUCUCAUUACCUCAUUGCUGAUUGGUGCAGCUGCCAGUGCUGGUGCCAUGAUGAUGAUAUGCCUCAUAAUGCAGCUCAUUCUAAAGUUGUCUAGAAGACUGAAGGGAGGGAGGGACGGGGACACAUAUGCCAGUCUGCAGCUCCCCAACAUCAGCCCUGACUAUGACGUGCUGCAGGUAAAAAACAAGCAUCAGAAACACACAGGGAGUACACAAGAUGAGAACGAUGAUUACCAGAACCCUGAAGAUGGAAACAGACCAGAUUCAGGGGCUAAUUCAAAAUAGCAAGGCUGAAGAUCAGAGAGGGCUCCCGUUCACACAUGGAUGACGGCGUGAACUUCGGUCUAAACCCACAUGAGAAUAAUAUUCAGUUUUAAAGGGGCAGUUCACCCGAAAAUGAAAGAAAGCUGCGUUUCAUCUUACCAGGACUGCUAUCGAUCCAUCCAGAUAUUUUUUCUGACAUUUGAUGUGAUGUGUUAAACUUUCUGUUUUCCUCUAUCUUUCGCUCACUCUCUCAUUUCUCUCUCUUUUUCUCUCUCUCUCUUCCCCACUUAUUCAAAGCACUGUGCUUAUGCAUUUAUGAUGAAGAAAGUUUAUUUUUCAAAGUUAAUUGUACUUUUUUUAUUGGCAGAAUUUUAAAAGGGUCUGUUGAGUGAGAGACUGAAAGGACCUUUUACUGUCUUGCAAAGAAAGCUGGGGGAGAACAGGUCUUAAACACAAGUGCAUUCAUUUACAGUCUUUUUGAAGUUGUAUAUAAAAUAAGGGCAGGACUAAAUGAGGCAUGUGUUUUUUAUUUUGUUUUUGUUGUAAAAUUAAGGAAAGAACAAACAAAAAUAAACUUCUGUACAAUAGCAAUUUGAAUUAUGUACAGUAAAAAGUGUUACUCCAACAGGAUUUAUGUUGUCAAAAAGGGAUAAAAUGUAUUUGCUGGUUUGACAUUGAACAUUUGUUUAAGUGUACAGGUGUGGAUUUACUGUUCAAACAUAAUCAAAUUCUGAUUUGAUUAUAAACUGUCUACUAAAACUGCCUAGGUUCAUAUUAGAAGCUUUCUUUGAAGUAAAAAAAAAAAUGUUUUUAGUUUACUUGAUGAUCGCUAUUGUGCUCCCAUAUUUAAUUACAUUUAUUACGAUUGCUUUGACUUAUUUUGCACAACAGAGUUUCAAUGUGCAAAACUCUUAACACAGAAUGCUGUACUGUUCAUUUUGGGUUCAAAAUGUAAUAUAGCAUGCAAAAUAAAAACACCAGUGUCAAA